GGGAAACUAACAAACACUGGCAGCACACUCAGCUUCAUUCCUCCACAUCUCACCGUCCAGAAGCAACCAGUCAGCAGCAGUACUGAGAACACCGGGCCAGCUUCAAAGACCCCCACUCUCCCUGAGUGGCUCACCAUGGCAGAGGUCGGGGAUGACAGCGACGAGGUGCAGUGGUGCUUUUCCCAAGUCAAAGGGGCGAUAGAUGAGGAUGUCGCGGAAGGUUUUGGGCCAAUAUGCAAGGGCGUAUGUUUACAAAGGGACGCUGAUGUCAUAUCCACUGUUGAAUUCAACCACUGUGGGGAGUUGCUUGCCACUGGAGACAAAGGAGGUCGUGUAGUCAUCUUUCAACAGGAGCCAGAGAGUAAGAAUCGGCCUCAGUGUCGUGGAGAAUACAAUGUUUACAGCACCUUUCAGAGCCAUGAGCCUGAGUUUGACUACCUGAAGAGCCUUGAAAUUGAGGAGAAGAUCAACAAGAUUCGAUGGUUGCCCCAGAAGAAUGCUGCUCACUUCCUUUUAUCCACAAAUGAUAAAACCAUAAAACUUUGGAAAAUAAGCGAGCGAGACAAGAGACCUGAAGGUUACAAUUUGAAAGAAGAUGAUGGUCAAUACAGAGAUCCAAAUACAGUUACAGCACUAAGGGUACCAAUAUUUAGACCCAUGGAUCUGAUGGUGGAGGCCAGUCCGCGGAGAGUUUUUGCUAAUGCUCACACCUACCACGUCAAUUCCAUCUCAGUCAACAGUGAUUGUGAAACAUACCUGUCCUCGGAUGACCUUCGCAUCAACCUUUGGCACUUGGAGAUCACUGAUCGCAGCUUUAAUAUUGUCGACAUUAAGCCAGCUAACAUGGAGGAUUUGAGCGAGAUCAUCACAGCUUCAGAGUUUCAUCCUAACCAAUGCAAUACGUUUGUAUACAGUAGCAGUAAAGGAGCCAUCCGCUUGUGCGACAUGAGGGCAUCUGCACUGUGUGACAACCAUGCCAAAUUGUUUGAAGAGUCAGAGGAUCCAAACAAUCGUUCCUUCUUCUCAGAUAUAAUAUCAUCCAUCUCCGAUAUAAAGUUCAGCCACAGUGGACGUUACAUGAUGACCCGUGACUACCUGUCCAUCAAAAUCUGGGACCUCAAUAUGGAGACCCGUCCAAUAGAGACUUAUCAGGUACAUGAAUAUCUCAGGAGCAAGUUGUGUUCACUCUACGAGAACGAUUGCAUCUUCGACAAGUUUGAGUGCUGUUGGAAUGGGAACGACAGUGUGGUCAUGACAGGUUCCUACAAUAACUUCUUCAGGAUGUUCGAGCGAGGAUAUAGGCAGGAUGUGACCUUAGAGGCAUCAAGGGAGAACAGCAUGCCACAGUCUGUCCUGAGACCCCGCAAAGUAAGCUCAGGUGGGAAGCGCAAAAAGGAUGAGAUCAGUGUAGACAGUUUGGACUUUAACAAGAAGAUCCUCCACACUGCAUGGCAUCCGCUAGACAACGUUAUUGCUGUGGCCACCACCAAUAAUUUGUAUAUAUUCCAGGACAAAAUCAACUAGCAUUUGACACACCUGUCUGACUCUACAAUGACUGAUCAUCAGAAGCACAUAUUUUUAUGCGGCAUGCAAAAUGAACAUGCAAUGGCUUCAUUGAGCUACUUACUUGACAAAGUUUGAGAUUAAGAGGCCUAUUUUUCUUUCUGUGGAAACAUUUGUUCUUCCAGCUACUGCUCACAACUCCCCUUCAUCCCAGUCAAAAGGGUUGAUGUUUUUAAAAAAGUACAGUUUAUAAACACGCUUCAUUAUUUUGUUAGUGCCAUUACUUCUUGUUAAUGCAUUAUCUGUUGCUAUAACAUUUUAUAUUCAUUUUAACAAGAAAAUGUUUAAUUAGCGACUCAUUUGCACUGUUAUGAAACCCUGCUGAUAGAAGAGGUUGACACUCCUUUUUUACCCCCACGGAUUUGUCAACUUGCCAAAUGCAACACUCCUUCCUGAAAAAUUGUUUAUUUUUAUUGUGUAAUGCCGCCAUGUGUGGAGUUCUCCUGUUCAGGUUAUUCCUACAUAGUCCUCAUUUACACAUAUUUAAGGGAACCUCGGACUUAAAGACUUGUAGGCUCUAAUAAGCUACAAUAGUUCUCUUUUACUGAAACAUAAAUAUUGCCCUUGAUUUAAAAAUCUACAAUAUGUAGUACAUGUUUUGACCUAAGGAGGGCGCCAUAUUUUAAGCGCGCAAUGGACGCUCGGUGUGAUGGCGUAGUUUGCCACUCACUAGACAAACACUACCGGUCUUCUGCAAUUCCUUCCACGCGGCGAGACAUCCAACACAUGCGCACAUUGAUUAAAAGUGGCGAGUACUUACUAUUUGCGUAUUUAUUGAGUCUUUUAUUACCUUUUCAUUGCCUCAAAAUACUUUUUGCAUGUGUUACCCUCUCAUACUUUUAAGCAUUAUGUUUUCUUGUGAUAGCUUUAAAGCAGAUUGUUGAUCUGUUAAACCACAUUAGUCACAUCGCAUAUUUAAACCGCCCUUAUUUGAUAUUACUACGUGUAAGUAUUUUCUUAAGGCAUCUUUUGUAUGUUCUGUCUGUAAGCAUCUAAACAAAACAAGCUGAAAGCACACGGUAGUACUUUGGGUGUCAAAUUCGCCUCUUGUAGACAUUUCGCCGGUGUAGCACAUUUUGGCAGAACACAGUUUUGUCCUACUCUCGUCUCAUCCAGUCUUUCCUGUUCAUUUUGCUUUUGCUGCUCGUUUUGUGAAAUAUCGACAGUGCUGUCAUGCUCACUAAUGUUCUUCUCGGGUUCAAAUUGAAGGGGUUGAACAAAUGACAUGUCUAUGUCGCUAGAGUCAUACUCUGGAAGCCUGGCAGCAUUACCAAGUGACGUCACCGCCCUUCAACGUCAACAACAAUGGUGACCUAGGAGUUAAACAAAUUUUACAAAUUGUAUAAAAACGAAAGCAUCGAGAGGGAUUUUAAUAUCAAAUUAUUUUAACUCAUAAUAACAUUUAUCUUUUAAGAACUACAAGUCUUUCUAUCCAUGGAUCCCUUUAAACAGUGUGGGUGUACAUAAAAUAUACUUUAUAUAUACAUAUAUAUGAAUACAUACUAGCGGUGCAACGGUUUGCGGUUCAAAGCCGAACUGUACGGUUCGCCCUGUACGGUUCAAUACGCCUUUAUGAACCGCACCUUUUUGGUUUUGCAAUUAAUGUAUUCCGAACGCUUGUGGAAUGAAUUAAUCGAGCUCUGUGUGCCUGUGUGUGACGUGAAGCACCGCUGUGGAGAAAUUCCCGCCCCGCAAGUAAAUGUCGGAUCGCUGUCAAGCACCUGUGUAAUAGAAGCCGAGUAACGCCCUCUCUCGCUUACGAGCGAAGUGAAAGUGAAACAAGAAAGAAAACAAAUAGCUAUGGCGAGCGGAGGAGUGGAGAAACCGAAUUUUGAGGAAGCACCGGCUUCUUUCAAAUCUGCGGUGUGGCAACAUUUUGGUUUCCCCAUGGACUACAAUGCAGAGGGAGAGAAAAUAUUGGGGAAAAAACAAAAAUUUGCAAGCAUUGCUCAGCGCUUGUUCUCCAUGCUAAUGGCAACACUUUUAUAACAUGACUCCAGCACCUCAGCCAGCAUCACCCACAGAUAUCACUUUCUCAGGGCAGGCCAACCCCGAAGAUGACACCAGUGAAAACACACGGCGGGCUUCGUUAAUUUAUUUGCAACGCUUGACCCGCGUUACAUUGUUCCCUCGCGGACAUAUUUCUCCAACAACGUAAUCCCCGACAUUUAUGAAAUGGCAAGCAAAGCCAUCGAAGAUGAUUUCGCUAAAGCACAUAGUUUCGCCCUGACCACUGAUAGUUGGACGUCCCGUGCUACAGAGUGCUACUACCUAACUGUGACGGUCCACUAUAAUUCAUACCUGUCAAGUUGUACGGUCUCGUCGUAAUUUGUACAAGUGAGCACUGAUUUUUAAAUGUGUACGCCGUACGUUACGUUCAAAAUCUGCACGUUUUUCGUGCAUUACGUUUUUUUUUUUUUUUCAUCCGUUCGGAUUUGGUCACCGUUUCUGCAACGAGACAACGUUCAUUAAUACGUUGGUUGAAUGACGUGAGAAAAGUCAAGAGACACGGAGAGGGAAGAGUGUUUGUUGAGACGCUGUAGCAAACGCGAUGCUAAGCUAGGUGGCUCCAAUAUUUCCUGAGUCCUGACUGUAGCCGACAGCAUACAAUCUAUGCCUAGAUAUCACAUGUAUAGAGAAUCACAUGCGUAAUGACAGACUCGGUAGCGUUAGUAAACAGCCGCCAUUUUAGAGCAGUAAACUUCUCAGAAAGGCUCUGUUGUAGUAAACCUUCCGAGCGAACCUAAGCAACUUUUUAUCUAAAAUACUCCUAAAUCGGCAAAAUCUUGACUUGAGUCUAUCUUUAAAGGAUGAAACAGUUUUUAAAUUUUCACAUGUCGAAAAUAGACAGAAGGGAACUAAUGCAAAAACGGGAGCAAUUUUAUCAACUUUAACGGUUGAUUCACAGCAUUAAAUGACCUCCAAACAUAGCAAAGGUUACUAUGUUUUUGGGUUUGUUUGUUUUUUUAAUGAAAAAAAAAAACAUGAAAGGUAUCACCAGUUACUUUGCCGAGUAACUUUUUUACUACUGUGUGUGUGUUUUUCAGUAGUCAGUCACUACACUAGCCAAAGAGCUAAGAGGCAUUUUAACAGUCGAAAAUGUUUAUAUUUGAAGUGUUUAUUUCAUUUUUUAAAAAGUAAAUUAAAGGCAGUUUUUUAAAAUGCAAAACGCAAACCGAACCGAAACCGUGAUCCCAAAACCGAGGUUCAAACUGAACCGUGGGCUAACUGAACCGUUGCACCCCUAAUACAUACAUAUAAUUUAGAAAAUCGUGAACGUUAAUGCAGAUGCAAUUCUAUUUUAGGAUGAAAAUCAUUAACGUGUUUGGCUUUUAACAUGGACAUAAGAAUGAUAUGCACACAUAAGAGAGGUCUUGAGGAUGGAGAAAAGGAAUCAUGCCAAAGUAUACCAUGCUUAUUCCUGUAAAUUAUAAUUCUUCUGUUAAUGCGCUGCUCAAUUUUUGCCAAUGACAGAAGACCACCAAUAGCAGUGCAGGAGCAAAGGCUGAUACGUGGGGUGGCCCGUAUCUAGAUGACUUUACUCCCAGAUUUUUAAAAUUAUUAUUUUAUAUACUGUACAUCUAAAGAAAACGGUUACUAUAGCUGAUUUUAUUUUUUUAAGCAUUAAUACACGUAGUCUGAUCACUGCUAUUUAAAAUUGGAAUAAAACUGUCUGUCUGAUGGCUUGUUGAUUGUAACUAGAAGGCUGCAUGACAGUCUGCGGUGACAAGUUUACCUGAGAAGAUAUUAAUUGGAAAGUUCUGUAAUGUCAAAGAAGGGCAUGUCAUUUUUGAUGUGAGGGAAAUAUUUUCAUUAGUUGACUGGUUGUGGCUUUUUUUUUUUUU